CUCAUCACCAUAUGGAAACAUUACAGAAAAUGACUCUAACUACAAAUUUUUGCAAAGACCUGGGUUUUAAAUGCUCUUUUGACCAGCUGAUGAACAUCCUAUUUCAGUUGGUUGCUUGCAAUAACUUGCUUUCCCCCCCCCAACUUCUACGUAUUUAUUGGUUAGCAUUACACUCUACUGGCCUCAACAAAGAUGGCGAUCUUUGUUGAAGCUCAGCAACUUUAUUAGAAAACAAUGUUGUUACUCCUGACUUUAUUAUUUUUCGUGAGGAUGCUCAGACAGAAUGUGUGUUUUCAGUUAGCGGCUCUCAUGGACACAGGUGCUGACCGUCAUGGACGAAGCGGCCGCUGAAGCUGGCUUCCGAUUGCAGCUUCUUAAAAACAAUGUGGCCGAUGUUGAGACCAUUUUUCACCUGGUCUUAGCAUUUUGAUACGGAGUAUAAUGUUCCAAAUAUCAAAAGUUCACCUCCAAAACUCAGAUCCAGUUCCUACUUUUGGAUAUAUUGUCUACUUGAACUAAUGUGUGACUUUGGAUGAGGUGAGAAGAAACUAAAGAGUAACUUUUAUUGUAGAGUUUGAGUGAUCUUCUACUUGUUUGCACACCUGUUCCAUUUUCAUCAACUCAUUUAUCAUGUGCAGGCUCAAAACUAUCAUCCUGAAAAGAAGUACUAAAAUUCCUCGCAGUAAAUUUUGGUAGCUAGUUCUAUUUUAGGAUUUAGGGAUAGUUUCUUAGUAAAUCACAUCAGCGGAGUUGUAAUUGAUGAGCCUGUUUAAAAGUCAUAAAUAUGGUAAGAGCUUUAUUGGACAUGCUGCGUUUGUCUAAAAAAUUCUAACAGAAGCCAGGAAUUAUGCGCUUAAAAAUACAACAUUGAAUACAGUCCCUGCACUGUAAUAAAUUUUGUAUUUUACCAUUAUUUUUUAAAAUAAACUUGGUUUUAUUUUUGAUUCUAUCCAUUCCACAUUUUGCUGUUUGUGUGGGGUUGUGUCAAUAUGUGCAUGGUUUUCACAGAAAUGUGAUGCUGUGACUAAAUCGUCUUUAUUUUAGGUUUCCUCCGUCUGAGGGACGUUGCUUCAAACGUCUUGUACUGCGUUCAGAUCCGACUAAGCCAAGUUGCCUUUUUUUUUCUUUCAGAGAAAGCAGCUCUUCUCCUGCUUUCCCCUCUAACAGGCCGUAGAUGUGCAGUGUUGUUCUGAACAUUUACUGAGGGAAGCAAGGCAUGUUCAGCCUAACUGGAAACUCUUGUGUGUCUUGCAGCCGUUAGGUGAAGUAACAGGGACAUCGGCUCCUGAUUUUGAAUCAUUUGGUUUGCCAAAUAAGGAGCUGAGGUGUUUCCCCUGCACCUUCGUUUUUUAGUCAGAGCUCCGAUGUGCAUUUUUCUUUCAAUCUCUGAAUUCCACUCGCUGCCCGUUUGGGCCCUGUAAUCGUUGCAUAAUGCAUAUUCUACAUGUCAGCCACACAUUACUAGUGAAAUCCCUCAAUUUAUGGACCAGCUCAAGAGGAGUCACCCAUUGAGGAAUUCCUCCUGCACCAGGCCGUGUUCUAAUUAUAAAACUCUGAUUCUUCUUCUUCUUUCUUUUUUUGUUGUUCGACCUUUUGAUGUCCUUUCUUCUGACCUCUGGAUUUAGCAUGUAGACUGGGAUUAGAGACAAAAAGCAGACUUUACCACAGGUAAUUCCACAAUAACUCAGCGGGGCUUUUAGCAAACGUGUUUUUGUUUUCACGUUUCCUAUACUCGUAAUUUUUUGCAUUUUUGUCUCAAAGAUAUUUAAUUCAUGAGCGUAUCUGUCUGGCUUUGAACUGAUUCGUUCAUCGCUCAUAUUUCUUGUAACUUAACUGUCCAAAAUGUCUUCUAAAAAAAAUAAAAAUUAAAUAAUAAAACCAUCAACCUUUUGGGAACCCAUACCGUUAGUGGCCGGCUUUCUUUGGAAAAACACCUGUGGGGGAAACAUUUUGUGAUUUACACCAACGCAUAAAAUCCCAACAGGACAAAUUCUGGGUCAAGCGCCCGCCUGCCCCUCUUUUCGCUCCCUGUCAGUCUCAGGUGAGCGAGAAAGAGUUGACUGGCAAGUAACGGGUUAGUGUCUGGUCUCCCCCCUAGACCUCCUCAUCUCAUCCCCCCCUCUUCUUCAUCCCGGAGGGAUAUAUAUUGGAGUUCGUGACUCGUCUUCAUCUAAGGCAUCACUUCUAGACGGACGCACGCAGACGUCUCUGGUUCGUUUCGAGGGAUUGAACUUGACGAAGACCAGACCGUGACCAUGAAACCCUUUCUAAAGGUUCUUGUGAUUCUGUUCUGCGUCGGCAAGGUAGAAGGCCGCUGGCUGAGGUCUCUGAUUGGUAAGUAGGAACGUCGUGACCCAUCGAUUUAGGGAUAGCACAAAUAAGUUAGGAAGCGUGCCGUUAAAAGGUCGAUGAAUUUGUCUUUUCCAGGCCAAAAGCAGAAACCCGUGUCGCCUUCAGACGAGGACAGAAGAAGCGAAUUUUUAACAUCAGAAGAAAUCCAAAGGGAAGCCUCCGGAGACGAGGCAGUCCCGGUCCGGACGCGGCGCUCCGCUCCCGACUCCCAGUGCGGCCUCCGCUCCGUCUUGCUGCAGGUGCGGGACCUGGGGCUGGGCUACGACUCGGACGAGACGGUCUUGUUCAAGUACUGCGGGGGGUCUUGUCCCCGCGCCCGCUCCAACUAUGACCUCACGCUCAGCAACCUGCUGCUCAGCGGGCGGCUCCCGCAGCCGGCCCCCGGAGAGCCAUGGCACAGCGUGCCGUGCUGCAGGCCCACUCACUACGAGGACAUGGCCUUCCUCGACAACUCGCACCGCUGGCACAAGGUGGAGAAACUCUCCGCUGCCGCUUGCAGCUGUGCAGAUUAAAAAUGGCCCGGAUCGAGGGGAAUAAGGAAGGGGCAGGUGGGAGAGAGCUGAAGAUAUUCGGAGAGGACGAUUUGACUUACUCCGAAAUGAAAACAAAUAACUCUUUUUCUUUUUCUCCGAAAAGAGCCUUCAUAAUCAGAUUCUAAUGUUUGACUCAGAUUUCUGUGAUUUAUCCAUAAAAGACAUGAGGGAUAUGAUUUAGAUUUCCAGGAAGUGUUGCUUUGUGAGUUUGUUAUUUUGAAUUAAGGUAAAAAAAAAAAAAUGGAACCAAUGCUUUAACUUGAAUUACAAAAUUGUAAAUAAGCUAAUAUCUAUUUAUUAUCAAAAAAAAAAACGUGAAAAAAAAAUGUAGCUCUUUAGAAAUGUUUCCCAAUUUACAAACGAUGCUGAAUUAAGCUCCAAAACUGUUCAGCUACAUAAAGUGUACAUA